GACUCGACGCUGGUUCGUACUCACCGGAGGAGAGUAGUUACAAGACGCAAUUGGAAUCGCGCACUUAAACCAGAUGCCAGCAACCUCAGAUUUUCUUUGGCACAAAAUCAAUUAACCCUCCCUUUUUUCUUACUGGAUUGGAACAACAACAAAAAAAAUCGUCUCAUUUGUUUAUUUUUUUUCUAAAGAAUGGGCUGUGCAAUAUCAGGUCUGGCGGCAAAAGCGGAGUUUGGAGAGAGGAAUACAGAGGAUGCUGCCGCUGCUACGCAUCCCACCGAGGAUCAGAUUCAGAUGAUCAAGGAGUCAUGGAAAGUUAUCCGGGAUGAUAUAGCUAAAGUUGGGAUUAUUAUGUUCGUCAGGUUGUUUGAGACCCAUCCAGAGUGCAAGGAUGUUUUCUUCCUGUUUCGAGACGUCGAGGACCUAGAGAGAUUGAGGACCAGCCGGGAACUCAGGGCACACGGCUUACGGGUGAUGUCUUUCAUUGAGAAAAGCGUGGCUAGACUAGACCAGCUGGAGAGACUGGAUGCUCUGGCUCUGGAGCUGGGGAAAAGCCAUUAUCAUUACAACGCCCCACCUAAGUACUACAGCUAUGUCGGAGCAGAAUUCAUCUGUGCUGUGCAGCCCAUCCUGAAGGAGAGGUGGACAGCUGAGGUGGAGGAAGCAUGGAAGACCAUGUUCCAGUAUGUGACCAGCCUAAUGAAGCAGGGGUACCAGGAGGAGAGCAUCCGACAGCGCCACAUCACACUCUCCCCGAAGGACAGACCGGAAAAGAAGAACACAGCGCUAUGAGAUGCUUCUUCCUUUAACCACAACUCAAGACUGUUUCUACCAGUGCAGCACAGAAAUGUGUCUCUGUAUAUAGUGUAUUUACUGUCUCGUUUUCUACAUCGCCCAUGUUUACCACAGUCAUUGUUUGCUAGUUUAUCAAGAAAAGACAAAAAAAACUCACACACUGACAUUUAACAAAGCACUUUAUCUCUGAACUUAAAUUCUGCUGCAGUCCUCUUCCAUGAGAUCAGGACUUGGGAGCGUGACAUGACAACAAAAUGGCUGACAGAGUCUACUGGCUGUGGCUAAACCUGCCUUGUAGUUGUGAUAAAGAGAAAUGAUUAGAAUUACAGCCAAUACUUUGUCUCUGUAUUCAUAACUCAGAAAUUACUUAAAGUAAAUCUACAACUUUA